AUGGUAUCAGCAAACCUUACUGAGAUCGACGCCCAUGAGCAGCCAUCUGAUGAGAUGCGCGCUGAGUGGAAGAGCUACAUGCGUCAAGAUCACAAAAGUCUGCUUAACGAUCCUCGAAUCGAUGACCCUCGCGCUCCAUUAGAAGAGUCUGGUUUUCGUCAAGUUUCGAGUCUUUCGAAAGAGCAGGUUGCAAAAAGUUUCGCUCACCUCAACCCUGACUUUGCCUUACAGGUCGAGAAGGAUGUUCCAGUUAUACACCACCCAUUGAUACCAGGCCUGUUGAUUCUUCCUUCACUUGUGCCCGAGAAUGUGCAACAGGAUCUACUGGAUCGUCUGAUCCAUCGUGAUCUCAGUGUCCAGAACCAUCAGACCAAUCUACAUCUACACUACAACCUUCCAUACCCAGAAGGGAAGGACGACGAUGAAAGGUCAUUCUUCUCUAUCAGUCCAGAAACACCGGCAUCAUUUCUCCCAAAGGACCCCAGCGUUCAUAAGCCACUGUCAAUCAAGCAGGUUAUGCAGCGAAAACUGCACUGGGUAACGCUUGGAGGCCAGUACGACUGGACCAAUCGUGUUUACCCCGAGGACUUACCUCCUCAGUUUCCAGAUGAUAUCUCACACAUGCUUGAGGACCUGUUCCCCGAAACUGUCGCCCAAGCCGCCAUUCUCAACUUCUACACGCCAGGCGAUACAAUGAUGAUGCACCGAGAUGUCAGCGAGGAGACAGAUAAGGGACUUAUCAGUUUGAGUUUCGGUUGUGAUGGACUCUUUAUGAUUGCACCGAAUGACUUCAAACAAGGGUCUCAAAAUGAAACACCAGGCGAGAAACCGUAUCUGCUCUUGAGGCUCAGAUCUGGGGAUGCCAUCUAUAUGACACAGGAGUCGAGAUAUGCCUGGCAUGGAGUGCCUAAAGUGCUGAAGGAUACAUGCCCAAGUUAUCUUGAAGAUUGGCCAGCCCGUGGCGAUGAGAAGUUUGCGGAUUGGCGAGGAUGGAUGAAAAAUAAGAGAAUCAACCUAAAUGUUAGGCAAAUGCGAGAUUAG